AUGGAAAUUCAUACUGAAAACAGACACCAACCUAAACCGAAAGCAUCAAAGCACCGCGCGGCUGCUUGCAGCCCGCGCCACAACGCAACCUCUAGUUUGUUUAUACAAGUGUUGGAAAAAGGGUCUAGAACAUCGUUUAAAAUGGGUCAUGUCCCAAUGAUAUGGCUGAUCCUAGCGUUAUGGUUUCAUAAAUGUUACGGUAUUACUGAUGUUACAUCCAGGAAUGACCAUGAACAUCAGUUAAAUGAUGCAAAUGAGACUAACUCAACUAUUACACCAAGAAAAGCUGGUUAUGGCCUCGUUACGUUUGAAGACCAAAAGAAUCCGGUCCAUUUCGAAGAUGAACAGCCAGGUGCUUACGGAUUAAUAUCUUUCAAAGAUCAGCCAGCGAACCACCACAGAGAUGAACCUUCAAAACUACCAUUUAGAUUUGAAAAUCAAGGACUAGACAACAAUGAAAACGCAAAUUCAGAUCUAUAUCAAGAUCCGUCAAUAAACGCCGGCAGCUAUGGAUUGCUCAAUCCUAACCAUCAAGAACUAGAUAACCAAAACCCUGUAGACCAACCGGGGGGUGGUAUAACUUUUCAAGAUGAUAACAGAAUAGAAAAUAAUCCGGGGCAGAAUUCUGGACAGAAAAAGAAGAAGCGAAGAAGACGCAGAAGGAAACCGCGUUUGCAGCAAUAUCCGGGACAAAGCUACGGGUUUGCAGGUCAACCUCCAGUUGGAAAUAUUCCUGGUUAUCCUGGAGGACCAGCCCCUGUGUAUCCUGGACCUGCAAUUGGACCAGCUGGACAGUAUUACAGACCACCCCGGCGGCCGCGGCCCUCGUACGCCGAAGAAGCCCUAUCAUCCAUCACGCACGCGCUGACGUCCAUCGCCCGCCACGACGACCACCAGUGCGUGCCGAGACUCCUGUGCGAGGUGGCGGGGGGCAGGGCGCCGGCGGAGGGCGCGGGGGCGGGGGUCUUGCAGACCAUUGCGAACCUGCAGCCGUUGUUGACCCUAUUAGCAGCCUACAACGGCAUCAGCACGUCCCCUCUCUUCGUCUUCGGCCGAGCCGCCAUUUUAGGCAUGACAUCUAAAGGCAACGCCGGCACCUGCAGAUACGCCUACCCACAGUGUCCCACUGACCCUGAGAAGCUGGUCGAAUACCUCAACAACCACAACGGGGGCUUCUUCAGAUUCUUCAACGCCCCUCAGCAAUACCCUGGACAGCUCGGCCAGCAGAACCUCGAGCAGUUUUACAAUCAUCUGUCUAAUAUUCCUGGCCAGUAUGGUUUGCUACAAAAUCAGCAAUAUCCAGGACAGUAUCCAAACCAACCUGUUCCUUCUUAUCCAAAUGGGCUUGUGCCUCAGCCACAUAUUCAAGAUCAACAAAAUUAUGGGUUGCAUCCUAUUGGGACAGGAUACGGUCUGCAAAAUCCAAAUCAAGUGUAUUCAGGGUAUAGUCAACAAAAUCCAAAUUUACCUAAUCAAGGUUUUGGAUUCCAAAAUCAACCAGGAUUGUAUUCUACUAGCCAAAACUAUGGAAACCGAUAUCCUUAUCAUAACAACAAUGGCUAUGGUUUUGGAAACCAAAAUCGUUAUAAAAACCAUGUCAAAGAUGAAAUCGGAACUAACAAAAUAGAGAAACGAAUUCAAAACCGCCCUGAUUUGACUUAUGUUGAUAAGGUCCAGAAUGAAAAUAUGGAAUUCAAGUUUCCAAGAGAUUCAAGAUAUGAAAUAGACCCUGAAAAGCAAAGGUUUGGAAGAACUAUUAAGUUUCCUCAAAACGACCAGACUGUGCAUAAACCUAGUAUAAAUACGUCUGUUCCUCAAAUCAAUAAUAAAAAAGCGAAAGGUUUCAAUUUUCCUGAAUCGCAAAGCAAUAGACAAUACAUCGACUAUUAUGACUACCCGCCAUACACUCAAGUCUUUAACACAAACAACUUCAAGCUGGAUGAAAAUGGAUUUUAUGUGGAAAGCAAUAAUGACUAUGAUUUUAAUACCAACAUGGAAGAGAAAGAAGAGGGGGUUGAAAUAGUUUACGUGGUAAGAGGAAACAGCGAUCCUAACCACCCUGAAAUCGUUAAACUGAGGCCGGGGCAGAAACUACAAUAAUGCUCAUGUUAACAAGUAAAUUAGGUAUGUUUCUAUUGUGUGUAUUAAAAUUGAAAAUUAUUAAUAACAUAAUAAAGAACUAAACUACCUUAUCGGAAGUAAAAUUAUAGAGCAAAAGUAUGUUAGUGUUAAUAGUAAGUAAAUAAGUUAUUAAUAAAAAUAAGAUCAUUUUGGUUUUAUUAA